CAUAACCCCUUCACUCUGUCCGUCGUCUGUGUGUUUGAACUUGAAGCUCCAACCAUCGCGGGUCGUUGUUUUGCAGUGCGUGUAGGUUAGUUAAGGAAAUGGAGGACAUAGAGGAUUUGCUAGUUGGGAGCGGAGGUGGAGCUCCUCCGGGUUUUCGUUUGCCCAUAACAGCCGUCGGAUUGAACCCAAAGAAGAACAAGAACCAGAACAAACCCAAUCCCAAUGGCAAUAGCAAUAAGCUAUCUCAAAUCCAAGACCCCCUUGCUCCUCUCUCUCCCAAAAUCCCUGGAACUGAGACUAUAUAUAUCAAGACAUUUGGGUGCUCACACAACCAGAGUGACAGUGAAUAUAUGGCUGGCCAACUUUCAGCUUUCGGUUAUCCAUUAAGUGACAAUCCUGAGGAGGCAGACCUGUGGCUCAUAAAUACAUGCACAGUCAAAUCUCCAAGUCAAUCUGCCAUGGAUACUCUGAUAGCAAAAGGUAAAGGUGCAAAAAAACCACUGGUGGUGGCUGGGUGUGUGCCGCAAGGAAGUCGAGAUAUAAAGGAGCUAGAAGGUGUCAGCAUUGUUGGAGUCCAGCAAAUUGACCGUGUGGUUGAAAUUGUUGAAGAGACUUUGAAAGGUCAUGAGGUGCGCCUUUUGAGCCGUAAGACAUUGCCAGCGCUUGACCUUCCUAAGGUGAGGAAAAACAAGUUCGUUGAGAUUCUCCCUAUUAACGUUGGUUGUUUAGGUGCUUGCACUUACUGCAAGACUAAGCAUGCUCGUGGUCAUUUAGGGAGUUAUACCGUUGAUGGCCUUGUGGAACGUGUAAAAUCUGUGAUAGCUGACGGAGUCAAAGAAAUAUGGUUGAGCAGUGAAGAUACUGGAGCUUAUGGUCGUGACAUUGGUGCCAAUCUACCAAUUUUAUUGAAUGCAAUUGUUGCAGAACUCCCUUCGGAUGCAAGCACAAUGCUUCGAAUUGGGAUGACAAAUCCUCCUUUCAUUCUGGAGCACUUGAAAGAAAUAGCAGAAGUUUUGCGACAUCCAUGUGUAUACUCAUUUCUACAUGUACCAGUCCAAUCUGGAAGUGAUGCUGUAUUAACUGCAAUGAAUCGGGAAUAUACUGUAAGCGAGUUCAAGACUGUGGUAGAUAUCCUAACUGAGCUUGUGCCAGGGAUGCAGAUUGCAACUGAUAUAAUCUGUGGAUUUCCUGGUGAAACGGAUGAAGAUUUUACUCAAACUCUUAGCCUUAUUAAGCUGUACAAGUUCCCUCAAGUUCAUAUUUCGCAGUUCUAUCCUCGACCAGGAACACCUGCUGCAAGGAUGAAAAAGGUCCCCAGUACUGUAGUGAAGAGGAGGAGUCGUGACUUGACUUCUGUUUUUGAAGCUUUCACACCAUAUGUUGGGAUGGAGGGCAGGGUGGAAAGAAUAUGGAUAACUGAAGUUGCCACUGAUGGAAUUCACUUGGUUGGCCAUACCAGGGGAUAUGUGCAGGUGCUUGUAGCUGCUCCAGAAAGUAUGUUGGGGACUUCAGCUAUUGUGAAGAUCACAUCUGUUGGAAGGUGGUCAGUUUUCGGAGAAGUGAUUGAGACUAUUCCUCAUAUAAAUGAUACAGUUUCGGGAAAUGAAAGGCCUAAGCAGGAAAAAAGUUUCUCUGGUUUGAACCAUUAUGAGACUAGUGCAUGUUCAACAAAGUCGGAAAAUUGUUGUUGUGGACCAGAAAGCUGUGGAGGACAAGCGGAAAAGUGUGCUGUAACAAAGAAUGACGUUCAGCUGGAAGACAGGAACAGCAGAAAUCUGAUUGGAUGGCUACUGAGGAAGCGAAAAAACCAUGUUGCGAAACCUGUGGAGAAUGAAAUAGGCUUGGGAUCCCAGAAAAAGCAAGAGCAGACCCAAGGAAGCUUGGGUGAAUGGGGUGUCGUUGAUAGGGCUCUUCUAGGCGGGAUGCUUGUGAGCUUCCUGACAAUUGUAACUCUACUAUUACAUCUUGGAUUUAGGAUUCUGUCAUCUAAUUAGUCUGGUUGUACUAAUCCAUUUUUGUCAAGGAUUUUUCAUAGAAAAAUGCCAUACGAGGUUGUUUGUCUAUUCAAAAAAUAGAAUAUUUUUGGUUUGUUUGUAAUAUUGGACAUAGUACGGCUGUUGAAACUUGAAACUUGGAUCUAUUUUUCAC